AUGCCUGGUUCAAGAAUCUACAUAGGCAAUCUGUCUUACGACGUCACCAAACGAGACAUAGAAGACUUCUUUAGAAGCUACGGAAGAAUAGAAGAAAUCCUCCUCAAGAAUGGUUAUGGCUUUGUGGAAUUUGAAGACCCAAGAGAUGCCGACGAUGCUUCCUACGAUCUAGACGGUAAAAAGUUACUUGGAAAGCGCGUUACCGUGGAGAUGGCAAAAGGAACACCCCGCACCAGUUCUAGAGACGCUCCUAGAUCAUCCAGAGAUAGAAGUUAUAGAACUAGGAAGCCUGUAAGAACCAACUACAGGUUGAUAGUGGAGAAUCUAGCGUCAAGCGUGAGUUGGCAAGAUUUGAAAGACCACAUGAGAUCAGCCGGCGAAGUGACCUAUGCCGAUGCCCACAGACCAUACCUCAACUACGCAAUAAUCGAAUUCGCAUCUUACAGAGAUAUGAAACGAGCCAUAGAUAGGUUCGACGAAACUGAAAUUAAAGGACGCAGAAUCACUUUGACCGAAGACGAUGAAACAAGACGCAGAAGAACCAGAUCCAGAUCAUCCUCUAGAUCAAGAUCCAGGAAGAAUAGGCGUAGAUCUAGCUCCAGUGAUUCCAGGUCCAAGUCGUACUCGAGACGCAGAGGAUCUAGAUCAAAAUCCAGGGAUAGAAGUACAAGCAAGUCCCGUUCCAGAUCAAGAAGUUAUACGCCCAAGAAGUCCAGGUCAUAUGAACGAUCUGUGCCCAGAUCUAGGAGUAAGUCCCACAGAAGGUCCGCCUCCAUUUCACCGUCAAGGUCUUUCAAGAAAAAAUGUAGGACCAGGGAUUCCAGAUCCAGAUCUAAGUCUAGGAGUAAGUCCCACAAAAGGUCUUCCUCCAUUUCACCGCCAAGGUCUUUCAAGAAGAAAUGUAGGGAUUCCAGAUCCAGAUCAGUAUCCAGGCCAAAAGACCACUCUAGGUCUAGAUCGGUGUCUAGAACAAAGGAUAGGUCCAGGGAUAGAUCAAGGUCAGUAUCAAGAAGUCCAAGACGAGUUUCUAGAUCUAAAUCUAAAACACCAAGAGGUCAUUCAAGAUCUAAAUCAAGGAGUCCAAGGAAAUAUUCUAGAUCUAAAUCAAGAAGUCCAAAGUCUAGAUCUAGGUCUAAUACUAGAGAUUAG